UCGCGUCCGCCCGCCCGCUCGCCCGGCGUGCUGGCCCCGCGUUCGCGUCCAUCUGUGCGUGUCGGAUCGCGCCCCCAGCAAGGCCCCGGGGUCCUGGAGAGGGCGUCGGCGUCGCCGCGGCCCGGGCCCCGGCAUGAAGCCCCGCCAAGAGAAGCUGCAUAUCCCGGCUCUGACUCUGGAUCUGUCUCCGAGCGGCCAGAUCCCAACCUUGCUGAGCCCCUGCAGCCCCACGAGCCCCGGGAGUCCCUCGCUGUCCCUGGGCCUGCACCCCUGGAGCUGCCGCAGUGGGAACCGCAAAAGCCUGGUGGUGGGAACCCCGUCGCCCACCCUCUCACGGCCUUUGUCUCCACUGUCCGUCCCAACUGCAGGCAGCAGCCCUCUAGACAGUCCUCGGAACUUCUCAGCCAUAUCUGCCAUCAACUUCCCCUUUGCACGAAGGGCGGACGGCAGAAGAUGGUCACUGGCAUCCCUCCCUUCUUCCGGCUAUGGAACCAACACUCCCAGCUCCACUGUCUCGUCCAGUUCGUCCUCGCGCGAGCGCCUCCACCAGCUUCCUUUCCAGCCAACGCCGGACGAGCUGCGCUUCCUGUCCAAGCAUUUCCGCAGCUCCGAGAAUGUGGUGGAUGAGGAGGGUGGCCGCUCUCCCCGCCUGCGCCCACGCUCCCGGAGCCUCAGCCCAGGACGUGGAACAGGCACUUUCGACAAUGAGAUCGUCAUGAUGAACCACGUGUACCGGGAGCGCUUCCCCAAGGCCACGGCGCAGAUGGAGGGCCGACUGCAGGAGUUCUUGACGGCCUUCGAGCCCGGCGACAUGCUGGCCCUGGCCGAUGGAGUCCUGGGCUUCAUCCACCAUCAGAUCAUCGAGCUGGCCCGGGACUGCCUGGCCAAGUCCCGCGAGGCGCUCAUCACCUCCCGCUACUUCCUAGAGAUGCAGGAGAAGUUGGAGAGGCUGUUGGUGGAUGCCCACCAGCGGUCGGACAGCGAGGAGGUGGGCUUCGUAGUCCAGCUUGUCCGGAAGCUGCUGAUCAUCAUCUCACGGCCCGCGAGGCUCCUGGAGUGCCUGGAGUUUGACCCUGAGGAGUUUUACCACCUGCUGGAGGCCGCUGAGGGCCAGGCCCGUGAGGGCCAGGGCAUCAAGACGGACCUGCCCCAGUACAUCAUCGGGCAGCUGGGCUUGGCCAAGGACCCCCUGGAAGAGAUGGUGCCUCUGAGUCACCUCGACGAUGGUGGACAGCCUCCAGCCCCUGAGUCCCCUGAGAACCGGGCCCUGGCCAGCCAGUGCAAGAGGAAGCCUUGUGAGAAUGACUUUGAGACCAUUAAACUCAUCAGCAACGGGGCAUAUGGCGCCGUCUACCUGGUGCGGCACCGUGAGACGCGGCAGCGCUUCGCCAUCAAGAAGAUCAACAAGCAGAAUCUGAUGCUGCGGAACCAGAUCCAGCAGGUGUUUGUGGAGCGAGACAUCCUCACCUUCGCCGAGAACCCCUUCGUGGUCAGCAUGUUCUGCUCCUUCGAGACGCGCCGCCACCUCUGCAUGGUCAUGGAGUAUGUGGAAGGCGGUGACUGUGCCACGCUGCUGAAGAACAUGGGUCCGCUGCCUGUGGACAUGGCACGCAUGUACUUCGCCGAGACUGUCCUGGCGCUUGAGUACCUGCACAACUAUGGCAUCGUGCACCGGGACCUCAAGCCUGACAACCUGCUCAUCACCUCACUGGGCCACAUCAAGCUGACCGACUUCGGCCUGUCCAAGAUUGGCCUUAUGAGCAUGGCCACCAACCUGUAUGAGGGCCACAUUGAGAAAGACACUCGGGAAUUCGUGGAUAAGCAGGUGUGCGGGACCCCUGAGUACAUCGCGCCCGAGGUGAUCUUCCGCCAGGGCUACGGCAAGCCAGUGGACUGGUGGGCCAUGGGCAUCAUCCUCUAUGAGUUCCUGGUGGGCUGCGUGCCCUUCUUCGGAGACACACCUGAGGAGCUCUUUGGCCAGGUGGUCAGCGAUGAGAUCAUAUGGCCAGAGGGGGACGAGGCCCUACCCGCUGAUGCCCAGGACCUCAUCACUCGGCUGCUUCGACAGAGCCCGCUGGACCGACUGGGCACUGGUGGUACUCACGAGGUUAAGCAGCACCCCUUCUUCCGGACACUGGAUUGGGCCGGGCUCUUGAGGCAUAAGGCCGAGUUUGUGCCGCAGCUUGAGGCCGAGGAUGACACCAGCUACUUUGACACGCGCUCUGAGCGGUACCGGCACCUGGGCUCGGAGGAUGAGGAGACCAAUGACGAAGAAUCAUCCACAGAAAUCCCGCAGUUCUCUUCUUGCUCCCACCGCUUCAGCAAGGUCUACAGCAGCUCCGAGUUCCUGGCUGUCCAGCCCACACCAAGCCUGGCUGAGAGGAGCUUCAGUGAGGACCGGGAGGAUGGCUGGGACCGCAGCCAGGUGGAUUAUGGCCGGCGCAUGAGCAGUGCCGAGAUCCGACUUCGGCCCUCCUCCUCUGGGACCUCCUCAUCCCAGCCUGAGCGGGGCCCCAGCCCGUCUGUCCUGAACACCAUCAACCUGGACACCAUGCCCAAGUUUGCCUUUUCCUCAGAGGAUGAGGGAGUGGGCCCAGCCCCAGGGGGGCUCCAGAAGCCUGUCUUCAUUCUGGGGGAACCGGACCCCCUCCCAGCGGCCACCCCAGCGGCAUCAAAGCCCUCAGGCCUUUCAGCAGACACUGCUGCCCUCAGCCACGCACGGCUGCGAAGCAACAGCACAGGCGCACGACACUCCACCCCACGGGCUGUGGAUACCACCCGGGGCCGCCGCCUGGGGGCUGCCCGUGAACCGGGCCUGGAGAAGGCCAGGGCAGGCGCCGGUGGGGGCCGUGUGCCCAAGUCAGCCUCUGUGUCCGCCCUGUCGCUCAUCAUCACGGCAGAUGACGGGAGUGGCGGCCCCCUCAUGAGCCCGCUGUCCCCACGCUCGCUGUCCUCAAACCCGUCCUCCCGAGACUCCUCUCCCAGCCGGGACCCGUCCCCCGUGUGCGGCAGCCUGCGGCCCCCAAUUGUCAUCCACAGCUCGGGGAAGAAAUACGGCUUCAGCCUGCGGGCCAUCCGCGUCUACAUGGGGGACAGCGACGUCUACACUGUGCAUCAUGUGGUCUGGAGCGUGGAGGAGGGAGGCCCGGCCCAGGAAGCGGGGCUGCGCGCAGGGGACCUGAUCACACACAUCAACGGGGAGUCCGUGCUGGGGCUGGUGCAUAUGGACGUGGUGGAGCUGCUGCUGAAGAGUGGAGGCAAGAUCGCGCUGCGCACCACCGCCCUGGAGAACACCUCCAUCAAGGUGGGGCCGGCGCGCAAGAAUGUGACCAAGGGCCGCAUGGCACGGAGGAGCAAGCGCAGCCGCCGGCGGGAGACGCAGGACCGCCGCAAGUCUCUCUUCAAGAAGAUCUCCAAGCAGACGUCCGUGCUGCACACCAGCCGCAGCUUCUCAUCCGGCCUGCACCACUCGCUGUCCUCCAGCGAGAGCCCAUCAGGCUCCCCGACCCACAGCCUCUCACCCAGCCCCACCACCUCCUGCCGCAACCCUGCACCGGACGCCCCCGCAGAUAACUCAUCCCCGCCCAGCGUGUCACCGAGCUCCAGCAGCCCAGCCUCGCCUGCCACCACCAGCCACGCCCGCCCCAGCUCCCUGCACGGCCUGGCCGCCAAGCUGGGACCACCCAGGCACAAGACUGGGCGCCGCAAGUCCACCAGCAGCAUACCGCCAUCCCCGCUGGCCUGUCCACCCCUGUCGGCUGCCGCACCCCGCUCACCCUCCCCGCUGCCCGGGCACCCACCGGGACCUGCCCGCUCCCCCAGGCUGCGCCGGGGCCAGUCCGCGGACAAGCUGGGCAUGGGCGAGCGGUCAGAUGGGGAGGCCAGCCGUCGGGGGCGUGGGCAGGACUCGGAGCUGGUGGUGAUGCGGAGGCUGCACCUGUCCGAUCGCAGGGACUCCUUCAAGAAGCAGGAGGCCGUGCAGGAGGUGAGCUUCGACGAGCCGCUGGACGGGUCCCCGGGGCCAGCCACCGGCGUGCCACAGAUUGCUGUGGAGGAGCCCCCGGGGCUGGCCGUCCCCAUGCCGCAGAGUGACGUGGAGGACGCCGGGGAUGCACACGGCAAUGCCUCAGGCCCCUCAGGGAAGGACUGAGACCGUGGGAAGCUUCUCCAUCCCUGGAAUGGUUUCUCCCCCUACAAAGUGACUCUCGGCUGAAUAGUGCACCACCCACCUGGGGUGUACCACCUGGACGUGCGUAAGCACCCCGGGCCUGGCUGGAAGGUGGACACAACCCUCCCUGAGUUCCAGAUGCCCUGGUCCAGGAGGUGGGAUCAGGGGCAUUGUAAAUAGCCCCAUUCACCCCACGACUAAUUUAUUACUUUUUUUUAUAAGUGAAAGCCGGACUGGGCCAAGCCAUUGAGGCGGUGGCCUGGCUCCUGACCCGGCACUGAGGACCCCGUUUGCAGACUCCCUCCCAUCCCCGGGCUGAGAAGGAAGCAUUUUGGACACGUUCUGUGUUUGUUUUCCAGUUUUUCUGUACUUUCUGUGUAUUUAUGUGAAGUACCCGGUUCUGCUCCUUGCCAUUGGCUCAUGUGUUCAGACCCCAGAGUCCUGUCCUCCACCAGCCCAGGUCAGCACAGCGAAGGGCCAGGAGUUCAGGACUGCUUCCCACCUGCAGACCUUCUAUCCCAGGCCAGCCUUGUACUCGUAGGCUUCAGCCCAGAUGAAAGGGGUAUAGUGGCCAGGGCUCUGCUGGAUGUAUAGGAGUUUAUGAGCUCUGGACAAAUGGGCCCCCUACUCCCUAGAAGCUGCAGACCUUGUCCAUGCUAUUUCUGGGGGUUCCCUCCUGACAGAGUCUCACUGGGAUGAAGCUUUGGAGAGCCAGAGGCCCAAGGUGGAUGUUCGUGUCCAGUCUGUGCCUCAGUUUUUUUGUGUUUAUAGAACUAAUCCCAUGGCCUGUUUUUGAAAUACCCACUGUGUGCCAAAUGCAUUUUGACUCGGCUUUACUCCCCACUCACUGCCAUCCUGGAGAAGGCUGGAUGUGGUGUUACGCCCAUUCACAAAUGGGAAGUUGAGGCCAGCAGGGCGGAGACUUGCACCCCUAGCAGCCAGCCCCUGCUGGGAGAGAGACCCAGGCAGCUCCCUUCUGAGUCGGAUGUCCUUGCAGGGGUGGCCAGCAAGGUAGAUUUGUAUUGGGGGGAGGGGGGCGCCCGCCCGCUUUCACUGGUGUUGGAGCUAGACCAAGUGUGCAUGGCUUCCUCUUGCCUUCCACCCUGGAGCUGACCAUAAAUAAAAGGCCACAUUUACAAAGAGGAA